GUUCGUGCUGUCUGUACGUGCCUACUUUCUAGGACUAGCGCUGAGUUAGUUAUCUGGCCAGCCGUGUAUGUAUAAAACCUGUGUAACCCAGAUUGAUGAAUGUAUGAGUGUUGCACGGCCUCUCUCUCUUCGCUCGCUUUGACUCCAGCAUGGUAUCAGUUUAAUCCCGAUCCGCACCUUCCGCUGCCCCACCUCUUUCCUACACUCCGCCGGCGCCAUGAGCACCUCCUCGUCCGUCUCUUCCGCCGGCGACUCCUCCGAUGACGAGCAGUUUGAUCUUCCCGUGGCCACUCAAACCCUUCCCACCAUUACGAUCCAAUCUCUCCGUAUCCGAGACCAUGUCCUCGUCAUUCUCGAUUACGAGAAGGAGAACUACGGCCUUUGGCGCCGCCAGUUUCUCGACGCCCUCGCCAAGUUCGGCCUCACCGACCACGUCGAUGGCUCGCCGGCGCAGGCCACCUCCAAUUGGGUCCUCAACGACUUCGCCAUCCUCUCCUGGUACAACGCCACCGUGACUCCGUCGACCUUGGAGAUCGUAGCGGAGCGCAAGGCCUCGGCCUACACCAUCUGGCGCUCGAUUCGCUCCCUCUUCCGCAGCAAUCGGGAUGCCCGGAUCACAUAUCUCCUGGAUGAGUUCCAUAGCUUCAUUCAAGGAGAGCUCUCGGUCGUGGACUACACCGCCAAGCUGAAGCAGAUGGCGGAUACACUUCGGGACCUCGGCCACCGCAUCAAGGAUCGCGAUCUUGUCCACAACGUCCUGCGCGGCCUCGACGAGCGCUUCCAGCACGCCGUCCCGCACAUGACCAGCGGUCGCCGGCCCUCCUUCAUCAAGCUGCGGGCCUUCCUCCAGUUGGAGGAGCAGCGCCUCGGCCGGCAGGCGCGCGUCGCCGCCCGCACCGCUCUGCUCGCCCAAGCCUCGGCGUACUACGCGGCUCGGCCUCCGACUCCUGCGCCUGUCCCCGCCUCCUUCACCCAGGCCCUGCUCGCCCCCAACACUCACGCCGUGGGCUCUUCUUCCGGCGGCGGCUCUUCAGGCCAUCGCAACAACCGACAGAAGAAAAGGAAGCAGAAUCCUUCCUCCGGCGCCAGCGGCUUCUCUUCAGGCGGGGGUCCCUCCGGUGGGUUUCCCGCGGGCGCGCGCCCUCCCACCACCGUGGCCGGCACCUUCCAGGGCAUCCUUGGAGCUCGCCCGCCCGCUCCGGCUGUGCCUCAGGCUCAUCACGCCACGACCGCGGCCACGCCCUCACCACACUGGGACCAAGCCGCCCUCAUCGCUGCACUCAACCAGAUGGCUCUGCAUCCUCCUUCCGCGCCUGGUGGUGAAUGGGUCUUCGACAGCGGCGCCUCGUCCCACAUGAGCUCCGGUUCCGGAUCUGGCCACCAAGACGGUGCUUCUCCGAUGUGACUCCCCCGGCGAUCUUUACACCUUCGCCCCGCCACGUCACUGCCUCACCGCCGCCGUCACCUCCGACUUGUGGCACCAGCGUCUCGGCCACCCCGGCGCCGCCGUCCUCGCCAAGGCCUCCGCUCAUUUCGAUUUUAGCUUCAAUAAAACUUCGACGAGCAAUUGCGAUGCAUGUCGUUUAGGCAAACAUACAAGGCUCCCCUUUAGUUCUUCUUCUUCCCGCACCACUUUUCCUUUCGAACUUUGUCAUUGUGAUUUAUGGACAAGCCCUCUGUUAAGUGUAUCCGGAUAUCAAUUUUAUUUGGUCAUUCUUGAUGA